GUUCUUUUAUAAUGACAAUCACGGCUCGCAAUUGUCAGAGCUUGAUUUUCUAAGGUUAUAUUUUGCUCUUAUUGAAAAUUAAAUUACUUGUGUUAUCUGAAUUGAAGCCUUACAUAAGAAAUUAUUUUCGAAAAUAUUAAAUUCAUCCUUGUGAAUAACAGUUACAAAGAUGUCUUUCCCUGAUAAACAACAACGAAAAGUUUGUUGGGAUUCUAGAGAUCGUUACUGGGCUUGUUUAGAUGACCAAAAUAUUAAAGACAGUUCUGAAAAGCCAAAGGCAUGUGCGGAAUUUAGGAGACUAUUUGAAAAAUCUUGCCCACCUAAAUGGGUGACACAUUUCGAUAGAAAACGAGACUAUGAAAUAUUUAAGGCGAAAAUGCAGAAAGAAGGUUUUGAACCAAUUAAAGAAAGUCAAUAAUUUUAUUAGAAAUCAAUUAAAUUGAUUGUAUAUAGAUUAUUUAUUAAAUUGUUUUAAUUAUAAA